AUGGAUAAAAACCAGCCAGAUGAGAAAGAAAGACUGCUGGGCGAGGAUUUGAAAAAUGAGAAAGAAAGACUGCUGGGCGAGGAUUUGAAAAUCGAUCGCAUUCCAUCGGCACGUUUUCAGGUUAGCAGAUCCGGUGGUGAAAACGGGAUACUUGACUUUGAAAAAAUCAAUGACCUCGAAACCACUGACGAUUUGCGAAUGAUAAAGGCUGGUAGCGAGCCGCCGGUGUCGUUAAAUGUCAACGGACCAACCGUCACCAGAAAAAUUAGUGCAACUGGACGAUUCAUGGUUACAUCUGAAGCUCCAAGCUCAUCGGCAAAUCUUGAGAAUAUCAGUGAUUCAGAAGACACACCAGAGGACACAAGUUCAGGACAAACCGCACCAGCAGCAAGACAAAGAGGGGUUCAUUUCUCUGUUGGAGAUAAAGACGCUGCAAGCAUGAGCGAAGAAGCUGACGAGAAACGUCGAGAGCAAUAUACUGAAAAUCAGUCAACAUUUAACAUGAAGAGUUGGAGGAAUAUGAAAACAAUUGAACAUCCCCCAAUUAUUGAUUUUUAUCGUAAUUCCGUUGACACCGAUGGUAUUUUCAUGCGGCCAUCAAUGGCACAACUCAUUCACGGAAAUGCGGCAAUUCCAGAGGAAAUUGGAUUCGAUGAGCUAAAUGCUCAUAACCACCAUUUAGACGAGUCGCCAGUUGGUGAUGAGGAAAAGAAGAGCGCGAGAUUGGAAAAGAUGAAAGCGCCACAAACUCAGAGUCGGGUCAAAUUCGGGUGGAUUCAAGGCGUUUUUGUUAGAUGCCUUCUCAACAUCUUCGGAGUAAUGCUAUACCUUCGCAUCAGUUGGGUAGCUGGACAAGCAGGUCUCGCACUUGGCUCUUGUAUUGUUAUUCUUGCUUCCAUUGUCACCACAAUCACCGCUCUCUCAACAUGCGCAAUUUGUUCCAACGGCGAUGUAAAAGGCGGCGGAGCGUAUUUCUUGAUUUCACGAUCACUGGGCCCUGAAUUUGGUGGUUCGAUCGGAAUCAUUUUCUCCGUCGCGAACGCCGUCGGAGCAUCAAUGUAUGUGGUUGGAUUUGCUGAAACAGUUCGCGACGUCCUCAAAGAGUACGGUUACACGAUUAUCGAUGGACAGAUGUGGGAUGUUCGAAUUAUUGGAUUUGUGACAUGUAUCGCUUUGAUGGCAAUUGUGUUUAUUGGAACCGAAUUCGAAUCGAAAAUGCAAAUGGGGCUUCUCGUCAUUUUGCUCGCUUCGAUUGCCGAUUACGCGAUUGGCUCGCUGUUUCCACCAAACAGUGAAGCCCGUCUCCGAGGCGCUACUGGAUACAGUUGGGACACAUUGCGCACCAAUUUUAUGCCCGAGUUUCAUGUAAACGGCCACUUUUUCACCGUAUUCGCUGUUUACUUUCCCGCUGCUACCGGUAUCAUGGCCGGCGCGAACAUAAGCGGUGAUCUUGCCGAUCCGCAACGAGCCAUUCCACUGGGAACUCUUCUUGCCAUUGUGGUGACCUCGAUCGUAUAUCUGGUGACGCUUUGGAUGACUGGAUCGACAUUUGUUAGACAUGCCGAUGGAAUAUCGCCGCCAAUGUUCAAUGAAUCGGUGUUCGUGCCGCCGGAAUGUGCGGAGAACGCAACUUGCCCUUAUGGUUUGAUGAACUUCUACCAAGUAUUGGAGACGGAAUCGCUUUGGGGACCACUCAUCACUGCCGGCAUUAUUGCCGCGACUCUCUCAUCGGCGUUGGCCAGUCUUGUGAGCGCUCCAAAAGUGUUUCAAGCGGUGUGCAAGGAUCGUCUGUUCCCAAAAAUUGAUUAUUUCGCGAAGAGUUAUGGCAAAAACGAGGAGCCGAAGAGAGCGUAUGCUCUUGCAUUCGUCAUUGCAUUCGCUAUGAUUGCUAUCGGUGAUUUGAAUGUGAUUGCUCCAAUUAUUUCCAACUUCUUCCUUUGCUCAUACGCCUUGAUUAAUUAUGCGUGCUUCGAUCAGUCUUUCGCCGAUUCUCCAGGAUUCCGCCCUGGAUUCAAGUAUUACAAUAUGUGGGUAUCUCUGAUCGGUGCUCUCCUCUGCAUCACCGUCAUGUUCAUUGUUAGCUACAAAACGGCUCUUAUAACAUUUUUCUGUUUCGCUGUUAUCUUCAUGUACAUCCUCCAUAGAAAACCAGAUGUCAAUUGGGGCUCUUCGACACAAGCUCACAGUUAUAAAAAUGCUCUCUCUGCAAUGAUUAAGCUUGCCAGCACCGAGGAACACGUAAAGAACUACCGACCUCAGUUCCUUGUGCUCACUGGCAAUCCAGCGGCUCGUCCUUCACUUGUUGAUUUUGCAAAUAACAUCACAAAAGGCACAUCGCUCUUGGUUUGCGGAUAUGUUGUUCCGUAUGAACCCACUGAUCGCGUAUUCUCGGUAAUACGCAAACUUGACCGUCAGCUGAAUGAUUGGCUUAGAAAACGACGAGUCAAAGCGUUUUAUCAAUCGAUUGCCAACCCGAGUCUUCGUCAAGGAGCGCAAGCAUUGUUUCAGCUGACAGGAUUCUCAAAACUCAAGCCGAACAUUGUUUUAAUGGGAUUCAAAUCGAAUUGGUAUCGAGAGGGACCGAACGAUGCAAAUCUGAACGAGAUGAACGAAUAUUUCGGAACCAUACAGGAUGUGUUUGAUUCGAAUAUGGCAAUGUGUGUUCUCCGAAACGGAAAUGCGGGUCUCGAUUUUUCCGACGCUAUGAAAUUGUUGAAUGUUGGUGAAACGAAUAGAAUAAAGCUUCCGCCUGUUGAGGAAAAGAAGGAACCUGAGAGAAUGAAACUGAUUGAAACAGAUGAGACGAAGGAGAAUGAAAAGACGGAUGAAAAUAAUCAGAAGCAAAAAAAUGAGCAAAAAAUGCAAGAUGACGGCUCAUCGUCAGCAUCUAUCAACGAGUACGUGUACGAUGAGAAUAAUGAAGAAAUGGUAAACGGCAUUGAUGAUGAUGAUGAUGGAGACAACUAUGAAUCGGCGAAGGAAGAAGAGCCGGAAGAUGUUGAGAAAGCGGAGGAGAAUGAGCAUGAGAAGAAGCACCAUUUCUCACUGAGAAGGAGAGGAUCUCGACGGCACACAAUGGAGCAGAAGGCCUUACUUGCUUCAAUUUCUCGUUUUCAGAGAAAAGUCAAAAAGGGAAUUAUUGAUGUUUGGUGGCUUUACGACGAUGGGGGUCUCACGCUUUUAAUACCGCACUUGCUUACAAUUCCGAAGAGCUAUCUUGAAGGAGCUCGUCUACGAAUUUUCACCAUCUCAACGAGCUCACGCACCAUGGAGCAGGAGCAGCGUGGGAUGGCCGCUUUGUUGUCAAAGUUCCGUAUUGAUUUCUCCGAUGUUUCGGUGAUUGCUGACAUUGGAAAGAAGCCGAAAGCUGAAACAAUGAAAGCUUGGCAAGGUAUUAUUGAUCCGUUUAUCGCGCAAGAUGGAAAUUGUCCGCAAGGAAUGACGACGUCUUCGGAAUUAAGUGCUCAGCGUGAUAAGACUUACCGGCAGUUAAGAGCUGGAGAAUUGCUUCAAGAACAUUCUUCUAGAUCGGACUUAAUCGUUAUGACACUUCCGGUUCCUCGCAAGGGUCUGAUCAGCGCUUCUUUGUAUCUGUCGUGGCUCGAGGUGAUGACGAGAAAUCUUCCGCCGGUGCUCUUGGUUCGCGGAAACCAACAAUCCGUGCUCACAUUCUAUUCGUAA